AUGUCGAGUGCUUAUAAACCAUUGUUACCUAACGAGCCCAUGGAUCAAGACUUGAACCAAAACUCAAGAACAACUUCUUCUUCAAGCAAAAGAAGAUUGCGUCGCUCCAGAAGCGCUCCUCGUGGUGGUGAUUCUUCGUACAAUGACGAUGAUAUCAAAACCGAUGAGCCACCUCUUCAUGUUCCAAAUAACAUCCCCUUGUUGAGAGAUCUAAACCCUAACCUCAGGCGAAUGAUCAUGUUCUUGGUUUUAUACAUAAGCAUUGGUACUCUUUGUUUCUACCUCGUGAGAGACCAAAUCUCCGGUCACAAGACCAACGGUGUGUUAGAUUCCAUCUACUUCUGUAUAGUAACGAUGACAACCGUUGGAUACGGUGACCUUGUCCCUAACAGUUCUGCUUCAAGACUACUUGCUUGUGCUUUUGUCUUCUCCGGAAUGGUCCUCAUGAGUAGCAUUUUAAGCCGAGCAGCAGAUUAUCUAGUCGAGAAGCAAGAGACUUUGCUAGUGAAGGCUCUCCAUUUGCGACAAACCUCUACUCCAACGGACAUUCUCAAGGAGUUGGAUACUAACAAGUUGAGACACAAAUGCUAUGUGACAUUCUUUGUCCUUGUUGUCCUCUUCCUUGUGGGCAUGAUUUUUCUUGUGGUGGUUGAGAAAAUGGAAGUUAUUCUAGCUUUCUAUUGCGUGUGCUCCACGGUUACAACGUUAGGUUAUGGAGACAAGAGUUUUAGCUCCGGAAUGGGACGGCUUUUCGGUGUGGUUUGGAUCUUGAUGAGCACUAUAUGUUUGGCUAGGUUCUUCUUCUAUCUUGUUGAGCUUAGGGCAGAGACCAAACAGAAGGCAAUAGUGAAAUGGGUUUUGACAAGGAAACUCACUAACAAUGAUCUUGAAGCAGCUGAUCUCGAUGAAGAUGGAAACGUUGGAGCUGCUGAGUUUAUUGUGUAUAAGCUGAAAGAAAUGGGGAAGGUUGAUGAGAAUGAUAUUGGUGGGAUAAUGGCAGAGUUUGAGAAACUUGAUUACGACGAAUCAAGAACUCUGACGACCUCUGACAUGGUUCUUGCUCAGACGACUUCACAGAUUCAAAGGUUAAUUAAGCAUCAUUACUAG